UAUGACCUCCUGGAUGAGUCGUCGUUGUGCUCCUGGAGUAAUUUUAGUAGGCUUUCCACUCCUGGGAAGGUUCACCAAUGUUCCAAGUUUUCAACAUUUGUGGAUAAUGACUCUGACUGCAGUUUAAAUAUAUUCUAUUGCCCCCGAAGUACUGCUUAAUAAACCCAAACACAGGCACACAGUCUUACUGGAAAAAGACACAUAAAAGUACUUAAACUUGCCACAAACUCACCAUGACCAUUCACAAGGCAUGAAAAUGUGCUCAUAAACUCAUUGUCGCACACCUAAAAUAUGUCGCCACAAAAAAAUAUGCAUUGGGUUUUUCCAAACAUCUCAUCAAUCUAACCAUUUCCUUACUUUCAGAGAGAGGAGGAAGAAGAAGAAGAGGAAGAGAAAAGCCGACCUUCUCUUUUGGGCAGGGUGGCAGCUUCAGUCCGCUCUAUGUCCUUCAGUGAGGACAUGCAAGCGAUCCGCUAUCUCAGAUCAGCAUCAGACAGCACACAUUAUUUCAGACGGGAGAAAUCAGCACUCUCUAGUGCACAAAGCUCUAAUGUACAUCAGCCAAACACGUUAAAGCCAGGGACAGAUUCUCUGCGUGCAAGUCGAAAAAGUUUGCAAAUAGGUUUAACUGCAGAAAGGAGUCCGUCCCCGCAAGACUCGGAGCUCAACCGAGCCAGCACUAGCUCCUGUCCUGACAUGGCAGGACUGAGAGAGGAAAAGGAGAACAAAAAGAGCUCUACUAAAGGAACACGGUCAGCGCUGAGCCGGAGGAGGGUGUCCUGUCGUGAACUUGGCCGCCCAGACUGUGACGGAUGGCUCUGGAAGAAGAGAAAAGAAACAAACGUCUUCAUGACUCAGAAAUGGCAGAGAUUUUGGUUCGUCCUGAAAGGCCCUACACUGUAUUGGUAUACAAGCCAACAGGAGGAGAAGGCGGAGGGCUUAAUCAAGAUCGGCAGCUACAGUAUAGAGAGCGCAGGAGAACACAAGAGGAAGUAUGUAUUUCAAAUGUGCCAUCCGCGCUUCCAGAAUUUUUUCUUCGCUGCUGAUAAUGUAACCGACAUGAGCAAAUGGAUCAAUUGCUUAAUCACAGCCAUUCAGAAACAUAAGAAAGGUGUUCAAAGUCAGCCAGACAGUGAAGAAGAAUGUUACAGUGAAACUGAAUCUGAGGAGGAAUCACGUUCACCACUUUCCCAUCGGAAGAAAGUCAAUACAAAAACUCAAACACAAUCACACACACUUCCUCGAACAAAGGGAAAGCAGAACAGGAUGUCAGCGCCAAUGACCAUUUCACAAGCAGGGGGCAGUAAAAUUGCAGGAAAAGUAGAUGAGAUGGAUGAAAUGUUCCAUAGCCUGAAGAAAGGAGGAGUGUCUCUGAUUGGUCAGAAUCAGCCGACGACUCAUGACCAGCUACGUAAAUCCUUCAUCAAACGCAACAAAAACCCUGCUAUCAAUGAGAAGAUACACACACUCCGUGCCCUCCAGAGCACACUUAAGGCGAAGGAAGCAGAGCUUCACCUGAUUAACAAGAUCCUGGAGGACUCGGAGUUCUCACCGCAGAAUUUCCGUCAGUGGAAAAAGUUAAAUGAAGAGCUACUGCAGGACAUUGAGAGACAGUACAAACAGACAGACUCACCAAGCAAAGACACAGUGUCCAAGGCCAAAGACGAGGCAAGCACACUGAAUCUGAGUGAUGGAGAACAGUUGGUAGAUGCAGAGACACCUGAUGACAGAGGCUCCACUUCUACAGAGGCACAGGUGCCGAUGCAAACACAUACCACAGUCACAGACAAAACUACAGAGAACUAUUUUUACAUAUGACAACCGUUUCCUUCCUGUACUCUAUUAAAACAAAACAAAUGAGAGUGCAACGCUUGGAUAAACAUAUGGAUCUGACUUGCAGGCAUCUGGGACAGAGCACUGGCUGUUUUACCAGAACUAAGCUUUUCAAAAACACUUCAUACUUCUGCUGUUCAUUCACUAAAAACUAUCACUGAAUUUAUGAUGCUGAACUGCCUGAUGCUGGCUCAAGAACGAAUCUUACAUUAGGCACUUGCUAGAGGAUGUUGAUUGUAUACUGAUGUAUGUAAUUUUAAAAUAUAUAUUUUAGAUGAAUUAUAUCAAUAUGAUGCCUAUUUGUUUUAUGUCAGGUAUGUGUGUUAGGGUUUCCUAAAUAUGUCAGAAAUAUUAUAUGAAUGCUUCUGGUAUGUUCAGACAUGAUAGACAAGAAAGUAUGAUUUUAUAAGAAUGUAUGUUUUUUUAUUGUGUAGAGAAUUUAUGACAAGUUAUAACUAUAUUUCCUGAGAGGGAAAAAAUAUACCUCAUUGUACAUAGUUUGUAUUAAAUGCCCAGAAAUGGUAAUU